ACCGUCAACUCAACUGGUCACUCACUUCACUUUCCCACUAAUCUGUACUACCCUGUUCCCCCGGCGCAUCUUAGCACCAACGUUCAUCUAAUUAACACCAACUGUUCCCGCUUCCAACCUCUCUUCUUUCUCUCUCAUCUUCUUCAUUCCCCCUUUCUGCUAACAUGCGCCACAUAUAGUUGAAGAUUUCUGGAUAAUAUUGAAGAAAGCUUGGGCAGAUGAAAAUGUUUGGUUUUUCCAAGAAGAGGGCGAAGCUGGGAAGGGUGAAAGUGCAUCUUUCAGACGCGUCCCAGGGAACAAAAAGCCCUUUAAGACCUGUUAAGCGGACUAACAAUUCCAAUGUGGAAACCAUCGUGGUUCCUGCUGACCAUGCAAGCGAGCUUGAUUGUCAGUGUUCAUCCGCUCCACGUGACAUCAGCAAUUGCAUAUCAGAAAGUUCUGAGAGCUGGAUGGUCUUGUCCAUUUCCGGAGACAAGCCGAAACCUCGGUUGAAUCAUGCUGCAACUGUAAUAGGAAACAAGAUGGUGGUGGUUGGCGGAGAAUCUACGGAUGGAAUGUUAGAUGACGUCCAGGUGCUUAGUUUUGAUCAAUUUUCAUGGACCACAGCUUCUUCAAAAAUGUUCUUGUCACCAACUACACUGCCUCUGAAGAUCCCGUCUUGCAGGGGACACAGCUUGGUUUCUUGGGGCAAGAAAGCUCUUUUGAUUGGAGGAAAAACUAAUCCCGGCAGCGAAAAGGUUUCAGUGUGGGCAUAUGAUACAGAAACAGAAUGCUGGUCACUAAUGGAAGCAAAGGGCGAUGUACCAGUUGCUCGUAGUGGCCAUACGGUGGUUAAAUCAAGUUCUGUUUUAAUCCUGUUUGGAGGAGAGGAUUCUAAAAGAAGGAAGUUAAAUGACCUUCACAUGUUUGAUUUGAAGUCGAUGACAUGGCUACCUCUUCAAUGCACAGGAACAGGGCCAUCUCCAAGAUCCAAUCAUGUUGCAGCUCUAUACGAUGAUAGGAUUCUCUAUAUCUUUGGAGGUUCUUCGAAGUCUAAGACUUUUAAUGACUUGUACUCUUUAGAUUUUGAGACAAUGGUGUGGACAAGAAUCAAGAUCCGAGGUUUCCAUCCUUCACCAAGAGCUGGUUGUUGCGGUGUGCUGUGUGGUACUAAAUGGUAUAUUACUGGGGGCGGAAGCCGUAAAAAAAGGCACUUGGAGACCUUAGUUUUUGAUAUUGUAAAGGUUGAAUGGUCGGUUGCGACUACAUCAUCUCCGUCCUCCAUCACAACCAAUAAGGGAUUUAGUCUUGUGCUGGUACAACACAAAGAAAGGGAUUUCCUAGUUGCAUUUGGAGGAUCCAGGAAAGAAGCAUCAAAUCAGGUGGAAGUGCUGAUAUUGGACAAGGGUGGAAACUCUUCUGGGAGAAGGUUGGCCCCAAAUAAAAAUCCGGGCCAAUUGCCACGUCACACUCGUUCUUCAUCAAAUGAGUUCUCAUCAUCGUCUCAUCUUCACGGGGCUCCUUCUUGUCCAGUUGAUUCCCUUAGACAAAACUUAGCAUCCAUAAUAGAAGAACAUGGCUCUACUAAUAGGAGAUCUUUGUCGGAGACUGUCCUUGCUGAUUCAACAAAUGCUUCGGGAAGCGUUUCUCUUAGGAAGCAAUUUCACAAUGACGAGGAUCCCACCCGUAAACCAUCAAGGAGUUCGGAUGACGAGAGUUCACUCUCACAGUUCUUUGAACAAAGAAGACCCCCGGAAACAGCGUGUACAGCCGAAACUUCUGGCAGACUCAUCAUGGAAGACAUACCAUCUUUUUCCGAGUCUGGAAACCUCAGUGUCCCGAGCUCUGUCAGCGAAAAGUUCCCUCUCGAAAACGAGGAGAUAAUAUUUCCAGAAAGUGAAGAAAAGUGCGGAGUUUUUUCUGCUCCUUCGAGCAUAUAUCAACUGUAUGAAACAAGAAUGGCUGCAUUGAUAAGGAAGAACGGGAUGCUCGAAGGUCAACUGGCAGCCGCGUUGGCGAGCCGUGAAUCUGCUGAGAAAAACGUAUCAUCUGUUCUAAAGAGUAGGCACGAGGCGGAGAAAAAGCUUGCUGAUACUGCGAAGGAGGUGGAGUUUCUGAAGGAGAAGGUAGGAAGUCUUGAACUGGCACAAGAAGAGGCUAACAAUUUGUCGAAUAUUGCACAUUCGGAUAACAUAAGACUCGAACAUGAUGUAGCUUUCUUGAAAGCUGUCCUGGAUGACACUCAGAAGGAGUUGCAUUCUACCAGAAAAAUGCUGACUAAUGAACGCGCAAGAGCUUUCCAACUACAGUAUGAAGUUUUUCACUUGAAGCAGAGACUGCAAUCAUUAGAGAAUCGUACACCUACGCCAAGAAAACCGUUUCAAGGAUAGCUCGAUCAAGAACACGUCCAAGGUUUCCCCGAAUUCACACUAAAUCCUUGAUCAUUUAUUUUUGGUGAUAACUGAUAAGCUUAGCUUAAAAUUGUAUAAUAUUUUUGUAAAUAUCAACAACAAAUUCAAGCAUCUUUUCCUUGAGCUGUUA